AUGGAACUGCCAAAUCAUGCCAAACAACUGCUGCUGCAACUCAACCAGCAGAGAGCCAAGGGCUUCCUGUGUGACGUCAUCAUCGUGGUGGAGAAUGCCCUCUUCCGUGCCCACAAGAACAUCCUGGCGGCGAGCAGUAUCUACUUCAAAUCGCUGGUCCUCCACGACAACCUCAUCAACCUUGACACGGAGAUGGUCAACCCCUCGGUAUUCCGACAAGUACUUGACUUCAUCUACACCGGGAAGCUCCUGUCCUCGUCGGAGCAGAGCAGCGAGCAGAACUUCGGUGCCCUCCUGACGGCCGCCAGCUACCUCCAGCUCCACGACCUCGCCGCCCUGUGCAGAAAGAAGCUCAAGCGCGGCGGCGGCGGGAAGCCCCUGCCAGGAAAGCCCUCCACUCCCGGUCCCCUCAGCCGCUUACGCCUCAACAACCAGCGUCUGUCCUCCUCUACCCCCGCCGGCGCCAACAACCACUACCCCCCAACCCCCUCGGAUGCCGACCAGCCCCAGCCGGACGACGGCCUUCGGGACAAACUCUCGGACGACGAGAUGUUUGUGGGCAGCUCCGGGAAAAACGGGAACGGGGGGAACGGCAACGUCAACGGGAACCUCAGCAGCGGGGCCAGCGCCGGGGAGCCAGACCUGGGCCUGGACUUGUCCAAGAAGAGCCCCCACUCGGCGGGCACGGCCACCGAAGCCCUCAGCCCGCACAGCAACUCCCAAGAGUCCCCUCAAUCUGCCUCAGUAUCCACAACCAACAGUGCCUCACUGGAUGACUCCUCAACCACUUUGCCGGGUGUCGACGCCUGCAUCUCAGAGACCAUGGAGCUCAACUCCUCCUCCAAAGCCUCGGAAGAAUCCCAAAACCAGCCCGACGGGCCUCCGCCCCAGAAGAAGGCCCGACAAGGCGCCCGCAAGAACGAGUGGCCCAAAAAGGAGGCGUCGGGGCUGAAGUCGGAGGACCACGACAGGCCCCUGGUCAACGGGGUCAUAGUGGGCCCUAAAGAUGGCCGUUCUUCUGGGAUGGGUGGAGGCAGUGGUAGCAGCUUUACGUCCGACCACUCGUUCCAGUGUAAGGAUGAGGAGGAAGGGGGGGAGAACGGGCAGGAUCACAGCGAGGAGAGCGGUCAGAGCGACGGAGAGAGUGCAGGAGGUGGAGGGGGGACAGGAGGAGGAGGAGGAGGAGGAGGGCACCACAGCGCCAACUAUGUCUACCGGCAGGAGGGUUUCGAGCCGGCCUUCGGGGACAACCUCUACGUGUGCAUCCCCUGCGGGAAGGGCUUCCCCAGCUCCGAGCAGCUCAACGCCCACGUGGAGACGCACACCGAGGACGAGCUCUACAUCAAAGAGGAGGGCGGCACCUUCGUGAAGGAGGAGGACGAGGAGGAGGCGGAGGACCUCUCGGCCCCCGUGGGUCCCUCCGGCUUCGGCUCGGAGACGCGGCCCUUCAAGUGCACGGUGUGCAGCAAGAGCUACAAGGACCCCGCCACGCUGCGGCAGCACGAGAAGAGCCACUGGCUGACCAGGCCCUUCCCCUGCAACAUCUGCGGCAAGAUGUUCACCCAGCGGGGCACCAUGACCCGCCACAUGCGCAGCCACCUGGGCCUCAAGCCGUUCGCCUGCGAGGAGUGCGGCAUGCGCUUCACGCGGCAGUACCGCCUGACCGAGCACAUGCGCGUCCACUCCGGGGAGAAGCCCUACGAGUGCCAGCUGUGCGGCGGGAAGUUCACCCAGCAGCGCAACCUCAUCAGUCACCUGAGAAUGCACACCUCGCCCUCUUAG